UCUGAGUUGAAAGAUUUGGAUCAAAAGCCGAGCAAGGAUGAAUAUGCAAUUGCUUCGUACUUAAAACAAAAAUUGCCGGAAAAGAAAACCACACUUUUAGGACACAAAGUUGAAUAUUUCAUAGCUUGCAGGGCUGUUGAUUGUUUACUUGAAUCUCCUUGGGCGAAAGAAAACAAAAAAAGUGAGCUUCAUUUCAACAACAGAGAUGCAUGCAUCGAUUUUAUGGCUAAGCUUUUAGAACAUAAAUUUUUCCAUCGUGCCAAAAAAAUAGUAGUCCAGAAAGAACCAAAGAAAUCAAAGAAAAAAGAAAUUGAAGAUGGUGCAGCAGAGUCUGGGAAAGAAAGUAAAGAGAGUGAGAGCAAGAAAGUAAAAAACAAAUCUGAAGGGAAAGAAAAGAAAGAAGAGAAAAAAGACGAUAAAGAGAGUAAGAAGGAAGCCUGUGAAAGCGAAAAAAAGAAAGAGAAAAAGAAAUUCAAGUUGGACAUGCACCUUGAACAGAUUUUCAUUGACAAUAAUGAGCCAUAUGUUUGGAUAUAUGAUCCUAUACCAUUGAAGACUUGGAUUACUGGGACAUUAAUGGUGUUAGGUGGUGUGCUAGUUUGUCUGUUUCCUUUGUGGCCACAAACCAUUAGGCAUUAUAUUUACUAUCUUAGUGUUGCAGCAGCAUUCUUCCUUGUAUUCAUCAUUGGCUUAGCUGUGUUUCGAGUGGUGUUCUUCGUCAUAGUUUGGAUUGUUACACUAGGAAAGCAUCAUAUAUGGCUUCUACCGAAUCUCACGGAAGAUGUCGGCUUCUUCGAAUCGUUUUGGCCCUUAUAUAAAUAUGAAUACAAAGGUCCAAAGAAAGAAGACAAAAAGGAUUCUUCCAAGGAGAAGAAAGAAGCCGAAGUGUCAAAAGAAGAGGCCGAAGAAAAAGAAGCUGAAAAAUCUGACGCUUCGAGUGCAGACCAAAACCAAUCAGAAUCUGAACAGGAAAGUGAUGGAGAGAAAACCAAAGUUGAAAAUGAUUUUGAAUUCCUAGAGGCGGAGGAUGCUAAGACUGAUGACGACGAAGAUCGUAAGAGUGAUGAAGAUGGUAGUAAAUCCAACGAGGAGGACCGCAAAACUAAAUGAGAUUAAGCUUGGCAAAGUCCUACUAUGGCAUUUAUUUAUGUUAACAUUCGGAAGCAGUGAUGGCAUCUCUCAUGACAGUGUUGAAAAUAAUUUAUUACUAUUUUUAUAUUUGAACUGUUGCUCUGAACAUGUUGAAAUUCUGUAUAGAUGUUUUUUGGUGGUUGUAAACAUUUGAAGGGAAAUGUAAAAUAUAUUGCACAUGAUGUUUUUA